GUUUCGCCAUUUUCUUCCUCUCCGCCGGUUAUCAGUGUUCUGUCGUAUUCGUGAACAGCUCCUUCAUUCUGGCCCCGACUUUCAAGGCCGUGUCACCGUGGGAGAGGCAUACAAACAUUUGCCUAGGUAGAAACCGAAGAAAUUAAGGUAUAUUUCCCUUUCUGACACUGGUUUGUUUGCGUCUUGAACGUAAAGAAGAAUGUCGUCCUCCGAAAGCCCCGAAUACUCUCCGUUCUUCGCAGUGAUGGGAGCCUCCGCUGCGAUGGUCUUCAGUGCACUGGGUGCGGCAUAUGGCACGGCUAAGAGCGGCACCGGCAUCGCUGCCAUGUCGGUCAUGCGUCCCGAGCUGAUCAUGAAGUCCAUCAUUCCCGUGGUCAUGGCUGGAAUCAUCGCUAUCUACGGACUGGUGGUGGCCGUCCUCAUCGCCAACAACAUCGCCCCAAACAUCACACUCUUCAAGAGUUUUCUGCACCUGGGUGCUGGGUUGAGCGUGGGUCUGAGCGGACUGGCGGCUGGCUUUGCCAUCGGCAUCGUUGGCGAUGCGGGCGUGAGGGGCACUGCCCAGCAGCCCCGGCUGUUCGUGGGCAUGAUCCUCAUCCUGAUCUUCGCCGAAGUCUUGGGUCUGUACGGGCUCAUCGUCGCCCUGAUCCUCUCCACCAAAUAAACAGUGACAGACAAACAAACAAACAAAUAAAUACAAACGCAAACAUCAACAACCUCACACACACACACACACACACACUUACAUAAACAAACAUCCACCUGAAGAAACACAUGACUAACUACACCACCAGAACCGAGAGGGGGGGGAGUGCGUUUGCGUGUUUGUGUCUGUGGGUAUGUGAGCGAGCGAACGUGUGAACCCAUGUGUGUGUGUGUGUAAGCGAGCAAAUGACCGUGUGUGUGAGACUGUGCGUGUGUGUGUGAACUCCUCUCUCUCUCUGCGUGUAUAGUAGCCUAAUGUGCGUUCCCUUUGUAAAUGCCCAGUGUAGCCUGUGCUGUUGUCCUGUGUGUGUGUUUAGGUAGAGUCCCCAACACCCCCAUUUGCUUCACUCUUUUUACUCCGUUUUUUUUUUUCCUUUUCUUGUUCUUCUGCUUUCUUUACAUCACAAUGUUUCCUCAUGUUUGAAGAACAAAUCAUUUCUUUGUUUUGUUUUUUUGUUGUUUUUUUUUGUCUUAAUUUGGGACCAUUUCUAAUCCAGACACUGAUGUUGAGGAUUUAACUGUAAAAAAAAAAAUAAUAAUAAAGACAGAUUAUUAUUUUUUUUGUUUGCUUGUUUGCUUUUUUUCACUGAUUAUUUAUGAAGAUUUUGAAAUGUUCAUGAAACUGUGUAAAUGAAUCAAAGUCUUUACUGAAUUCCCAAUGAUCUCUAUAUAAAUAUGUGUAUCAGAAAUAUAUAUCUGUAUAGGUAGGUGAAUUGCACUGUGGGUAAUUUGUGCUUGGAGUUCCUCUGGAUGUAAUCAUUGGUUACCAUGGAGAUUGUUUGUCUGUAUCAAGAUAUUGGUGUGGGCGUUGAAUAAGUGUAUGUGAGGUACGGAGAGAGUGUGUAUGCACGCGUAUGAGUGUGAGAAUGUGUGUGUUGUAACUUUAAAAGGCAACAUUCUUCAAAACACGUGUAACGUUUUACCUGUAGUUACUGUUUCUGGUUGCAUUGAUGGGUUAAAAGCCAGCCCACGCCGUCCUGUUUCCAAAUAAAAACUUCCUCAACUUCA